GAACACCAUUUGUGUGAUGGAAGGCAUUGCUUCCUUGGGACAGGGGAGCGGAGACUGCUCACUGGAUACCUGCUUGGCGAGAUUGAAGCAGGCCGCAAGUGAAGCCAAGAAGGUCCACGAGCUUGGAAAUCGUGUUAUUGUGGUUGCAAGGCAGGAGAAUGUCAAGGAUAUCGCUUCGGAAGUGGAUGCGUUGGAUGGAUGGAACAUGGAAGAGAUCUUCCAUGAAUCCUUUGAUGCCUUGCAGACGCAGUUUCAGCAAGUCUUCGAGAACGCUUCCGAGCUUGCGCUCUCAUCUGUGAAGGCGGUCUUGGAGUCUCCUGCAUCAACUCCCAAGUUUGACUUCACCAUGCUAGGGGAAGUAGCAACAUCAAUCGAAGAGAGCAGGUUGGCCUGGGAGGGUGCCGAAGGUGUGGCUUCGCAGACACGCGCCUGCUUAGCCACAUGGCAUCAACACCUACGAGGGGCGGUGACUGGUUGGCUCAGCGACUUGUUGGAGGGCAGCAGGGUAGUCCUGCAGACUGUGGCCCAGCUGGCUGCUGGGAAUGACGACCAAGAGACUUGUCCAAAUUCAUAUGAACAUUGUUGA